AUGACCCGCAGCCCAACUCGCCCCAACGAUCCCUACACCUACACGCCCGGCUUCGGCAACAGACACCAGUCCGAGGUUAUUCCCGGCACAUUGCCCGCGGGGCAGAAUAACCCUCAAGAACCGCGGUUCGGGCUCUACACCGAGGGAAUAACAUACUCUGCUUUUACGGCGCCGAGGAGGGAGAACUUCAGCACUUAUCUUUAUCGUGUUAGGCCGGCUGCUGCGCAUGGUGAGUUCGCUUGUCCUCAGCUUCUGUGGAUUGUGGCUAGGUUGGGUUUGUUGUGUGGUUUGAGCGAGUGUGCUGAUGGAGGUGGUAUGUUAGACGGAUACAAAACGGACAUCGAAUGCAAAUCACAUAUUGAGAACAGCCUGUUGACUCUGAACCCCCGUGUGCAUACACUCCCCUCACAAGGCGAAUGGGCGCCUUUUCCCUUGCCCGACGCAGCAAGUGACGGGAACGUCGACUUCGUCGAUGGCCUGCAUACGCUUGGUGGAAGUGGGAAUCCGAACUUGCAUGAGGGGAUUGCGCUCUACGUGUUCAUGAUCAAUGCGGAUAUGGACCGUCGAGCUUUCUGUAAUACGGACGGGGACUUCCUGAUUGUGCCGCAGUUGGGAAGCCUGGAUAUUCAGACGGAGUUGGGGAUGUUGUAUGUCCAGCCGGGCGAGAUUUGUGUAGUGCCCAGGGGUGUGAGGUUCGCUGUUAGGCUGGGUAAGGAAAUAGGUCAAGAGGGAGGGUAUGAGAAUAGUGACGUUGGUAAGGGGAGAGGGUAUAUCGUUGAGACCUGGGGGUCACGAUGGGAUCUACCGGACCUGGGACCACUGGGCGGCCAUGGUCUGGCGAACCCGAGGGAUUUCCUGCACCCUGUGGCGCAUAUUGAUGAUCUUGACUUUUUGCAUGAGGACUGGACCAUCGUCAAUAAGGCGAACGGGAGCCUUAAUGCUAUUGCCCAAGACCACAGCCCCUUUGAUGUGGUCGCGUGGCAUGGCAACGUUGUUCCAUACAAGUACGACCUGACGAAAUUUUCCUCCCAAAACGCCACAUCGAUCGACCACACCGAUCCCUCGAUAAACUGCGUUCUGACAGCGCGCUCUCACGACCCACACACACCGCUCGCAGACUUCCUCUGGUUUGGGCCACGCUGGGACGUGGCUUCGAAUACGUUUCGGCUCCCUUACUUUCACCGCAACGCUGCGACGGAGUUUCUUGCAUCAUUGUAUGGUAAUGGGCUUGGCCGCUCAGAGGAUUUCCUGCCUGGAGGCGGGAGCGUGGAGGUUGCGCAUACGCCGCAUGGGAACUUUAGUAAGGAGUAUGUGUGGGAGAACCGGGUGCAGGUUAAUGAGCCGAGGAGGAUUCUGGAGGACCAGAUGACCAUUAUGGUCGAGAGUAGCCGGAGCUUUCUGUUCACGGAGUAUGCGAUCUCCGGAUGCGGCGUGUUUAAGAGCCAGGGCACGGAUCCGCGGGUUUGGGAUGCGCUGCCUGACAAGUUCUCUUCGUAUCCGGGUAUCAGGGGGAUAUUGGACGCGGUCAACAAGGAGAAGGAGGAAAGAAAGAGGAGGCUGGACGCGUGGUAUGAUGAUGAGCGGUUGGUCGAAUUGGCCAAUACGCCCAAGCCCUAA